AUGGCAAUCGAGUACCCAGACAACGGAUAUAUUUAUGUUUGUUUGCGCGUCCGCUCCGUCCCGACGCUAUCGGAACUGGAACUGAGUUGCAGCAGCAGGAAAUGCGGCGCAGGCAGGAUGAGCCCCAGGCAUCGACCCCCGCGAAGCACCACACGGGCAUCGCAGCGCAUUUGCGUUUCUACACUUGAGAAUAUUGUUGCCUUGCACGACCCAAAAUCGCUGGACGAUGCUGCGUGCGCGGUGCGUGAUGCGCAGCAUGUCGUUCAACUUCUUGUGGGCCGUUCACUGCGCACCGUGGGUAAACACUCCAAGCGUCGACCGUUAAUGUCCACUGCAACGGCAAACUACUUCGAGUUUGACAACUGUCUUGCGUCGAUGGACGCAGACUCCAUGUUGCAAAUGCCGAUUGUUCGAAACAGCGACUUCAUUCGCCCACCGGAAUACGGAUCGCAGGAGGAUGUCUACCUUUCCACUGCCGUGCACGCUGUAUCGGCAGCUGUGGAAGGCAUCAACUCUUGUGUGUUUGCGUACGGCCAAACAGGCAGUGGUAAGACUUACACCCUUUUUGGAGAUGCUGCCUAUAUUCAGCGGGACCCCGGUGUUGUCCCACGCACCAUGGAUGACUUGUUUAUGCGCCUCGAGGCCAUAAAGCGUAACUAUGAAGAAAACACGGAGACGGAUUAUUCGUUCCGCGUACAACUGUCCUUCUUCGAGAUCUACCAGAACGAGGCGUUUUGUCUCUUCUCCCGCAAGGGCCCGCUUCGUGUGACGUUCGUGCGAGACAGUAGCGGCAGAGAGGCGUUGGUUAUACAUGAACUACAAAGGCAUUUUGUUACGGCGGCAGAUAAGGCGAUGCCGCUGGUGGAGUUGGGCUUUGGCAGGCGACAGACAGGGGAAACGGGAAUGAAUGCACACAGCAGCCGUAGCCAUACUAUACUUCAGUUGCACGUCACUCAAUGGCGUACAGAUAAGGUGACGAGGGAGACUGUGGAACUCAACGCACUGCUCAACAUUGUUGACUUGGCGGGAAGUGAGCGACAGAAGACUGCGAAAACCGACGGGAAGAGUCGUGAUGAAGGAAUUGAGAUCAACCAGUCCCUUACCACCCUCUCGCGUGUCAUCAACGAAAUUUCUCAAGGCUCUAAGUACGUGAACUAUCGCGACUCGCUCCUCACGAUGGUUCUGAGGGACUACCUGGGUGGAAACAGUAAAACCUUCAUGAUUGCCACGAUAUCCCCCGUUGCUUUCUGUUACCAGGAAUCGUGUGCCACUAUGCAGUAUGCCAAGGGCGUGCGCAAGAUACGCAAUAGGCCAGUUGUGAACACAACCUUUCAAACUCGUAAUAGUCUACUGGAGCUAAACGCGGCGCUGAAGCAGGAGAAUGAAAAGCUGCGACAGCACGUUGAGAACCUCCUAAAAGUUGCUGGAAGCGGCCAUUCCAUUGAUGGUCUUCUGUCUGAGAGUGAUGCAAGGGACAGCGACAGUGGUGAGAUUACCAUUUGUGGGACUAUUCCGCACAAAACAUUGCGCUGCGGCGCUCCGAUAAAGCGGUACGGUACUGUGAGUGAGGCUGUUUUUUCCACAGCUGAUCACUGUGCUGUGCCACUAGUUGUCACGGUUCACAGGAAAUAUAAAAACUCCACGGGUAUAGGUGUGGCAAAUGUGGAGGGUAGCAGGAUCGGUAUCUCUUCACUGACAAGGAACGUUGUGCAGUUUCACCUUUCAGAUCUCUUGAGCGGCGCUGAAGGUAGUGGACAACUUGUGGCGAGGCCAAAGAUACCUCAACUGAAAUGUUUGGAGACUAGCCAUGGAUUAGUGGAGUUUGAGAGGAUGCCAAGUAACUCGUGUGAACGGCGCUACUGGGUUCGGUAUGUCCCUCCCUGUAAAGAAGGCGAUGAGGCUGUUCUUCACAAAAAAGUCGUUUGCCAUAUGAACGGCAUUAAACACAGUGAUGGUGACCAAUGGAGCUUGACGCAUGGUGAUGUGUUUUGUGUUUACAUUGACAGUGUUGGGGAUGACUCUGAGAAGAGUUUCGUGACUUUCCAUUACGUGGACGCUAACUGUCUUGCACGCCAUGGUCGAUAUAUGGAAAGUAACGACAUGCCGGAGGACAUUGCAUCGCAGUUGGCGCCUGUUUCCGCACCGGGGUCCGCGGAGGAACAACUUUCGCAGCUGAAGCACAACAGAACAAAUCUCCUUGAGGUGCUGCGGUGGCAAGCACAAAGCGUUGACUACCAGUGCCAGCUCAUGGGUGUGCCGCUGUUGCGGCAGGGAUCUGAAACGGUGAAGGAGAAAAGUGAUGGUGGUAGCGAUAGGCAUAGCUGCUACACACCUAACAGCCGAGGUUUUGACGCUCAUUAUGACAACGAAACUUCACCUUUACCCCGUCCUAUGCUGCCAUACGGGGACCACAUUCAUACUCACAUGCACUCUGUCAAACCUAUGGAUAUGAGUACCGCAGCACAUGCCUUCCAGCGUACCUCUAACUGGAAGUGCUGUAGUGUCGGCGCUGGUGCAUUGGCAGAGAGUCAAAGGGAUUGCUUGCGGGAGAGUGAAGUGUGUAGCUGGAGGUUUGCGAAGCGUAGCGUCGAAUUCGGGGAAGUGGCGCGGUGUCUUGCUGAACUGGAGCGCAGUUCGUCCCUGUCGCAGCCUGUAACGGCAAAUGUAGUAAACUCUCCGCCGAUGGAAUCAGGAAUUAUGGAGGAUGGGAAGGGCAUCAAAUUCAUCGGUUGCGGCGAUGAAGCUGUGGUAAGGGUUGAGAAAGGAACUGACACUAUUGUCCAUAUGCCAUAUCAAAAGGGGGGAGAUGAAUUUGACGGUGGAGAGCGAAAAGUAAAGGGGCUGCGAGAAUCGAAGACAUCGACACCCAGUGGUGCAGCUAAUCCUUUGCGGAAUGGGCCACACCCGCGUGAGGGUGCACGAACGAGCCCGCUCCCCGGAACAAGGAUGUCUCUCGUGGGCGAUUUUUGCUCCGAGUUAAAUGCGGACACAGUAGUGGGCUACUCGGCGAAUGCCAAUAUUUUUCAUUUAACAUCCGAUGGUGUACGUGAGCGUGAGCUGUGGGUGCGCAUCCGCUCACUCGAACGCUCUGUCGAAGAUUUACGUGGACAGAAAAGCGUGCUGGAGAGUAAGUUGCGCAUUGCUCAGGAUGCGAACACGGAACUUGAACUCAGUGAAGCGCAGCUAAAGGACGAGUUGUCGCAGCUGACGAAGGAGUUCCUCGACUCCGCGGCGGAUCACAGCAAACUGAAAGGGGAAAUAAGUAAUUUGGGAGCGAUCCUACACAGCAUGGAGGGGGCACUCAUGGAGGUGAGUGUGGUGAGUGAGUUUGAGAUGAAUGAGCAAUUCCCCAUAAUGGCGGAAAAGAUUCUGAUGCUUCGUGCUUUAACUCGCAUGUGGAAGCGGCGGGCGAUGGGGUCCGUCGCCCGUGGGACCUUCACAAGUGGGAGCAGAAGCAGCACCAACGUUAGUUUGACGAGCGGUGAGGGGCGGACAAGGGGUGUUGUGCAGGCUUCACGGGACGAUCUCCACUUGGAACUCAGUGACACUCGGGCGCAGCAGUUUCUGAAGGAACAUGUCCCCGACUUCCCUGCUAACACAAGCGUUGUUGAACACUCUGAGAAGGAAACUGCAGCAGAAUCAGUGUUUGUAGUAGGGACCGUACUGGUUGGUUUGGAGAGAGAGAAAAACCAGCUUGUCACCGAUGUCAACCGUGAGAGAGAUGAAGGUGAACAUUACAAGGGUCUUGUUUUCCGCGUUCAAGGUGAUGUGAAUGACUUGAAGAUGAAUGCAAAGAAGCGGGAGAGCCCCACUACCGAGAAAAUGGCGGAACGAAUGGCUGUUUCCAGUGUGAGAAGCAGGCAGUUAGUUGAGGCAGGAAGGAAGCGUGAUGCAUCAGACAUGAACCUGUGGACUACUGACCAGGCCGACUCCAACAUAAGGAAGAAAUCACUUGACAACAAGGUGACACUUCUCCAGGAACAACGGAUGUUGCUCAAGCAACAGCAGCGGGAAUACGACAGGCGCGCUGCCUCCCUUGCUUGUAAAGUUGAGGAAUUGCGUUACACAUUGAGUUGCCUCCGAGAAAAGGUACAAGAUAACGGCCCCAAUGGCUUCAAAGAUGCCAACGACUUGUAUCAGCGUGUUGAAGAACUCAUUAAUGAGGCGAUGAGCGGUUUUGGUGGCCAGGGUUGCCACUCCACCUCUCCGCCAGACUUCAAGUUUACUGGGGAAAUGAUCACACUUGUUCUCAUGGGGUUACGCAUUCUGCUGGAUCGUUUAAAGGUGGAACUCUAUGUUUUGAAUCGUCAAAGCCUACAUCGAUUCGCUUUAAUUGCACCUGCUGUGCAUCUUCGCCCUGAAACUCAAUUCCGUUAUUACAUGCACAAGCUGCGUGGGACGAUCAGCGGAAUUGCUCGGAAGCCCCAAUGCGUUGGUGCGGAUUGGACGGUGACUGAGGCUGACAUCCUUUCGGGCCUCGUCAGCCACCGGCGCCGCCAAGCAGGGGAUGCAUUGUAUGGAUUACUCAUUUGGUACGACCACUGGGACGUUGCAGCCAAGACGGAUCAUAUCUGUUAUGUGGAACUGAUUCGUAAUAGAGAUCAUGUCAUGCAAAUUGCCCGACUGGUACGGCAGGAAAGUCUCGUCAACACGAACGCCACAUCGUGUCAGAACUUGCUACCGGAUGAGAGACGAGCCUCAACCCUCGGUAAGGAAAUCCCCAGAAGCGGCAAGAACAUUGGUGCCACGGACAUCACGGUGACGGCGAGUAGAAACAUUCUUGGAAAACUCUCUGCUCGCGUAAAGAACAGCACAUUGGGUAACGCGAUGACUAAGUGGAAAAAGUGUCCACCGGGGUCAACUUCCUUUCGAGGCACGUCUGCAUCCAGUACACUGCACUCACCAUCCCAAGAAAGUGGACUAACGUUUCUGAGCUUGGCUCCAAAUACCACCUUCACGCCACUUGACUUCCCCUCCAGAGAGCCCAUGAGGUUGAGCAAGUCGGGGCACCUUCAAAAACAGAGUCAGUCAAAUUCCGCUUCUGAGAAACCGUCAGGCUCCACCGUCGAGAAGUUUGGCAGGCGGUCUAGGAUAAUAGUGGUACCCGUUUCGGAGGCUGACAUUACCGUUGCUGCCAGCACGGGACUGCCACGUCGCAGCCGCACCUUCAAUUACGCUCGAAAUUUGAGCACUGCAUACUUUUCGGAGAGGGAGCUGCAGCCCCGUGCUUUGACGAAGGCGUGCACCCGAUUCAGUCGAUCAAAAACUUUCGCUGCGCUUGGUAACAUGGCCCAUGGCAAACCAUGUCACCUGUCAAACAUGGCGUCGAAGUCUUCCAGUGUAUGUGAGGGGCGGAAUGGAAAGAGCAUGAGUUCCUGUAGUUUUUUGCCGGUGUAG